AUGAGAGAGUAACAACAUUUUCUAAUUUAGUUUACAAUCCGAAUUGAGAACUCUUUAUAUCAAAUUAGGCAUUUUCUAUGUGUUUUUAAUAUUUGAUUUAAUUUGGUCAUCCUUCAUUGAGCCAACGACAAUGAAUCAAAUAUCUUAAGAUAAUAAGGAAGGAUAAACCUAAAUUUUAUGGAUGAGUUCCGUCCACAUAAUUAUAACAGGUAUAAUUUUUGUAUUAUUCUGCACUUUGAUGUGGUAGACAUAGCCACUAAAGUUGGGAAUGAUUAAACUCUUAAUUAAGUAUUCAAGCUUUUCUAUAUUUAGAGAUUUUAUGUAUGUUUUUUUAAUUAGUGGGGCUAUGCUUAUUAUUGUUGUAAUUGAAAGAGUGGCUAUAUUCAUAACUAAUACGAAAUCAAAUGCAAUUGUAUCUGAAAUAAUUUAAUCGAAUUGGUCCAGUUUUUUUUAUUAAUUAUUUUAUUUUAUCAGAUAUCUUUUGAGACCACUCUACAUUUUUGUGAUGCUGCAUGGUUCUAUGAAAAUUACAAAACCUUAUUAUCACAUGAGAAAUCCAGAACUUUUCAUAAAUUGA